AUGAUGGAGGAAUUAGAGAACUUUGAACAUUUAGAUGAUGAGGAGAAUGAGAAUGAGAAAGAGAAAGACAAAUCAGAUGUAUUACUUUCAAUUCCAUAUCCAUUGCCAACAGUAUUGAGAGCAACAGACAAGAAUACGGUUAAUAGGUAUUCACAAUACCUUGUUGUACUUGAGGGUUAUGAGAAACCUGUGUGGGUCCCUUCAACAUUGGUUCCAAUUCACAUCAGGAAGGAGUAUGACAAAGAAGUCACUACCAACAGAUUCGGUGUCUACAAGAAUACAUCGUCCCGCUCUGCCACAUCACUCCCGGCAAAGGAAUCAUCACGUCCUGCAGUUCCCAAGAGCAAUCCUCCGGCGCCCAAGAAGACUCUCAUGUCCCAAGUCAAGUUGGCAGCCAAGACUGUCAAGCAAGAGCAUGCUCCACCCGUUCCAAAGGAAACACCUGCCAAGAUAGUCAAGCCUCCUGCAGUCAAGACUGUGUCCUCGACACAUCGAGCGCCAAUCAUGACGGGUGUCAUCAAGCCGGAGUAUGCAAUCCCAAAGACACAUAUUAGGUUCACCAAGCCAGCUGAAGUACCUAUGCCAUCAUACAAUCCGCUUGCUUGCUUUGACAAUCCAAGGACUGUGAAGCUGACGACCAAGAAAUGA